AUGGAUAUCCCAGAUGACAGUCGGACUAGUUUCACUGUAACAACAGAAAACACUGACAGAGGCACGACAGAGUCAUACACCCGGUCAGACGCCACACCCAUCGAGUCCACAUUCACCCACGGCCCCGACAUCACAGGAAGAAUCAGUGAAACUCAGAGUGAGACAGUCACACCAUACAUCCCCAGUGUCAGUAGGUCUAGUGGGUCUAGUGGUGAGUUGUACGAUCUGGAGAGGAACACGACAGUACAUCUGAGGCAACCCGUCACCCUCCGCCUCACAGUGACCGACACCACAGACGAGACCCGGAUCCUGUUCUCCGGAGAAGCACCUGCAGAACCGGAGACCUCCACCGGGGCGGUGCAAUCGCUCCUCACCGACCCCAACGUCACCCCCAUGAUGGACAGUCCCAGAUCACCCCCCAGAGAGCCUGAGAUCCACACAGCCACUGACCCAGACAGCCAGACCACCUUCACUGCGGUCACCACCACCGAGAGAGAGCAGGAUGAGAUCACUUUCCACACCACCCAGAGGAUCAAGUCCCCCCGUCUGCCUGCAGGCUCCACCAUCAUCUCCCGCCAGCAGAUCCACAUCAUCCCCCCUAAGAAUGGCCGAGGAGGAGGUGGAAGAGGGGGCCGGAGGAGGAACUACCCUGGCAGGAGGAGGUUCAUCAAGCCCAACCGGAUCACAGACAUCCAGUCCAUCCUGAAUAAACUCAAACAGCCCACCACGGUGAAGAAGCGAGGCAACAACACAGUGUCCUACACUAUGGAGCUGACCACAGACUGUGACUGUGAUGAAGAUGGGAAGAAGAAGACAGGUGGUCAGCGGGUCAUCACACCAACAACAUCGCCUAAAUCACCCAAAGUCCCUAGCUCCUCUCUAGGAAGAACAGAGAGGCCCAUCUCUACAACACUGGACACUCCCACCACCACAUACUCAACAGAGGCCCCCACCACCACCACCCAGCCCACCCUCACUCACUCUCAGUCCAGAGGUGAGGUAUCCAGCGGCUACAUGACCUCCGCUGACGCCCCAGAGUCUGACCCAACACAUGACCCUAUGACGAGCACAACAGAUGAACCAACAACCUCCACCACCGUCACAACCACAACCGCCUCCAAGGUCGUCCAUGCUAAGAUAAACUGGGGCAGGGUGUUUGGGAACAAGGCGAGGCAGAAGGAGAAACUCAACAGGUUACGUAAGCCAGCCUGGCCCACCACCACCACCACAGAGGGCUCAACAACAGUCCAACCCACAACUACAACCACAACCGCACUGCCCACCCAGCGGUCUCUGGCUGAACCUGUGACAGAGUCACCGUCUAGAGCAGGUAAACACAGAGAGACCCCAGAGGGCUCAUCAGACGAUGACUAUGGGGAUUCAUGGCCUGACUCUGAGGCCUCGACCACACCCCAGCCUGCCACUAGCCGUGGAACUACAGCCCCAGCCUAUGACUACAGGUCCUCCACCACCACAGAGUCUUCCCCCUGA